AUGCAGGAUUAUUUUGAACGCAAUGUCUUUGAGGGUGUUCCAAAUGCCCAGCUUCAAUUAUCGUUUGCAGGAACAUUCAUGGAGAUGUUUGUGGACAUGAUGGGUCCUUUAGUACAGAUCCUGACAUCGAGAUUCGGCCUUAAAUUUGUCCUGGUUUUGGGAGGCCUAUUGAUGACCCUGGGUCUCCAAAUGGCUUCAUUAACAUCCGAGAUAUGGCAUCUCUACUUGUCGCAAGGAAUCUGCUUUGGCACCGGUGCAUCAUUCAUGUUUGUGAUUGCAAUGGGUAUCCUCCCACAAUGGUUUAAUAAGAAACGAGGACUUGCCACAGGCCUAGCAUCCAGCGGAUCAGGCAUUGGUGGUUUGGUGUUGCCUUUCAUUCUCACAGCAGUGAAUGAUUCACUUGGUAUUGGAUGGUCUUACCGUGUCCUUGGUUUCAUUAUCCUUGGCUGCAGCACCAUUGCUUGUCUUUGUCUUCGGGAGCGUGUUAGAACUGCUGACAAGACAACCAAAUUGAGCCAAAUCUUUAACUUUGAAGUGCUCAAGGAUCUCAACUUUGUUCUUUGGGUAUUAGGCUCAAUGAUUGGUCUCAUGGGUUUCUUUGUUCCUUAUUUCUUUUUGCCGUCCUAUAUCACAUACCUUGGUAUGUCCACUGGUGACAGUGCUACAAUCAUUGCCGUUCUCUCAGCAGCCAACUUUGUCGGUCGUAUCACGAUUGGAUACAUCUCUGAUCGCAUUGGUCGAUUGAACACUGAUAUCAUCUUCCUUAUCCUCGCUGGCUUGAGCUCGUUUUUGAUAUGGACAUUUGCAUAUGAUUACCAGACACUAAUGGGUUUUGCCGUCAUGUUUGGCUUUUGCAACGCAUCCUACUUUUCAUUGUUGUCUCCCAUCACUGCUACCAUCCUCGGCAUGAAACGAUACCCCACAGGUCUGUCGAUUCUUUUACUCAGCAAUGCCAUCUCUGUGUACGGUCCUAGUAUUGCCAGUGCUAUUCAAACCCGUGUAGAUACGGAGCCUUACUUGACAUACAAGAUAUUCACCGGGUUUGUGUACGUGCUUGGUGGUCUCAUUCUCAUUGUUCUCAAAAUUAGAAUGACGAAGUCUCUUCUUUCAGUCAUUUAA